CAGUCAGCAGAGGGAGAGCUUCCUGCACAUAGUUUUGUUAUUUGGGUUGUUGGCCUAUAUUGCCGUUCCGUCGAAUAGCAGCCCCAUCAUGACAUCCACCAUAGACGAAAGCAAUAAAGAAAAGAUGCGCUCUGUGUCAGUGGAUCUAAACAACGAUGCCUCUCUUCUCAUUGAUAUUCCUGAUGCACUCUGUGAAAGGGACAAAGUCAAGUUUACUGUCCAUACAAAGACCACACUUAGCUCUUUCCAGAAGCCAGAGUUCUCUGUCCCAAGGCAGCAUGAAGACUUCAUCUGGCUACAUGACACUCUGGUAGAGACUGAGGAGUAUGCUGGCCUAAUAAUUCCUCCAGCGCCCCCAAAGCCUGACUUUGAGAGCCCAAGAGAGAAGAUGCACAAACUGGGGGAAGGUGAAGCCACUAUGACCAAGGAGGAGUACACUAAAAUGAAGCAGGAGCUGGAGGCUGAAUACCUGGCUGUGUUCAAGAAAACUGUCCAAGUGCAUGAAGUCUUUCUGCAGAGAUUGUCCUCUCACCCUGUUUUGAGCAAAGACAGAAACUUCCAGAUUUUCUUAGAGUAUGACCAGGAUCUCACUGUGAGGAGAAAGAAUGCCAAGGAGAUGUUUGGUGGAUUCUUCAAAAACAUGGUGAAGUCAGCUGAUGAGGUCCUUAUCUCAGGAAUUAAGGAAGUUGAUGACUUUUUUGAGCAGGAGAAGACAUUCCUGCUUGACUACUACAGCAAGAUAAAAGACUCAACUACCAAAGCAGAGAAAAUGACCCGCUCGCACAAAAAUAUUGCGGAUGAUUACAUUCACAUCUCUGCCACUCUGAACACUCUCUCUGCUGAUGAUAGCACGGCUAAUAAAAAGCACCUGGAGAAGUUGUCAGACCUGUUUGAGAAGCUCAGAAAAGUUGAGGGAAGAGUUGCAUCUGACCAGGAGCUGAAACUCACAGAGCUGCUCAGAUAUUACAUGAGAGACAUCCAGGCUGCCAAGGACCUUCUGUACAGGCGAGCCAGGGCAUUAGUUGACUACGAGAACUCUAACAAGGCUUUGGACAAGGCUCGACUGAAGAGCAAGGACAUUCCCCAGGCAGAAGAGCACCAGCAGCACUGCCUGCAGAAGUUUGACAAGCUCUCAGAGUCUGGGAAGAAAGAACUCACCAAUUUCAAGGGCAGGCGUGUUGUGGCCUUCAGGAAGAACCUCAUAGAGAUGGCUGAGCUGGAGAUAAAACAUGCCAAGAACAAUGUGACUCUAUUGCAGGGAUGCAUUGAGCUGCUCAAGAGCAACUGACAAGUAUUCAAGUAUUCCUGUCCUGCCAUCACCAAGUGACCAGUCAUAAAAAAUGGAGACCUGGCGCCCCUGGGGCCUUGCAUGGACAUGAUUUCACGCCCCAUCUCUGCUCCCACCCAUGGGUCUGAUGCCACUUUAAAACCCUGCAUGAGACCAAGUGUCUCAUAAGCAGAAUGUCUUCAUGUUUACAGAGUCCCUGUCCUCUGGUCCGCGGUCCAUCCUUUUCUAUUAUUUAUGGAAGUCUAACUUGAUGUGAAUGCCUUUAGAGAACGAGGCUGCCAACAUUAAGGUCUUCCAUCCCUUUGCAGAACCAUUAGAGGUGAUUAUCUGUUUUUUCUUAUUUUUACAUUAUGCACAUAAUACAAAUCUUGCCUUUUUGAUAAUAUUUUUGCCAACAUAAAUUCUGACUCUAAGCUUUGCUCUUAUGUACAAUUCUGAAUACUUUUUUUUUUUUUAAGGCUUAAGAGCAUAUUUUUUCGCAUAGCCAUAACAUACGU